AAUUUAUAAAAAUGUGGGUUUUUGGAUUUAUUCAGUCUGUUAAAUCGCUCUUUCUUCAGUAAUUUAAUUAUCGAUAAAAAUAAUUACAUUAUAGCAUUAUUUUGUAUAAUCAAUUUCUAUAUGUAUUAUACAAUAUUUAAAGUGGAUAAUUCAAGCUGCACGGAAUAGUUUUUUUUAAAUGUAUAUUAUAAUUAUGAUUCUAAAAAUCUUGUGAUCCAUUAAGCAAAUAAUUUUUUAGUAUUAAUUUGGUUGAACUGAUGCUUAAUUAUAAUUAAUUAAAAGGUUAAUCAUCUUAAAAUUCGUUAAAGAGUUUCAGAAAUGUUUUAAAACCGAGUACUAUAGACUAUGCAUGCUUAAACUAACGAAAUCAAGGUUGGUCAAUAACGAAGGAUAAAACCAAUCCGUUAAACAUUAAAGUAAAUGUAUACGGAAAAGCCUUAUUAUAUAGGCUAAUGCAAAAUAUUUUUUCUUCGCAAAAACGUCUUGCUUGUCGUUUAAUACUGAACAAUGAGAGUAAUGACAAGUUUUAUAAAAUAUUAUGAAAUGCUAAACGUUUUUCAUUUUGAAAAAAAUAAUCAGUUUAAUUUAAUAUUUUUAACAAAUAUUAUAAAGGAAAAUCUAAUAUAUCAACAAAAGCAUGAGACGCUUAUUAAAAAAUUUAAGGACUUUAAUAUUGUUUUAUUUAUUAUGCUAUAUGAGCAUAUAUUAGCAUCAAUUAAGAUAUAGUCUAUCUUGUUACCAAAUAACAAGAACUCAUUUAUUCAACUUAUUUAUUUACCGUUAUUUAUCAAAAUAAUUAAUCUUUCUAUUUACAGUCUGAAUAUAGGCUACACAAACAAAAAAACAAAAAAAACAACUGUAAAUAAACAUAAAAAAUUAGCCUACAAUUUCUGCUUGUCACGGAAGAGGAAACAUUGCUUAUCAAAAAUCAGUGUCUCAUAUCAAUAAUUCAGUUCUUACGAAUUUUAUAAAAAACUAUAAAAAGAAAAUGAUUAUUAUAAGCUAUAUAAACAACAAUUAUAUAAAUGCAAUGUAAAAACCCUUUUUAUUUUAUUUUUAAGUGAAGAUUUGUAAGUGAAGUGUCGUAAGAUUGAAUAGGCUACUACAUUUUUUAUAUAUGGGUGUUAGUAUUUGGGGAAAUAAUUUAGAAAUCCACAGUAGUAUUUAAAUAUUAUUUUAUAAACUGAAUUAGUAAUGCAAUGCACAGUAUCCCUCGUGUGGUUCUCCUCUGAUCUGGUUCAGGUCACGAGGAAAUGAUUUUUCGAUCGCUGCGGAAUUCACUGCUGUGAAGAAACUUUGUCUUAUUCUGUUCAACAUGCAUCAUAAAAAUGUGUUCAUCUAGAUUUAUCAAUUUCUAUCAAUGUUCAUGUAUUUCAAUCACAACUGUAGUUAACUCUAAUAUGCAUGGCUCUUGAUCAGCUAGUAGAAAAUAAGUUAGGCUGACUCCACUGCUUAUGCACAAAUCAAAAGGACGUUUAUGCUAUAUUCACAAUAUAACAUUGAGGCUAAAUGAAACCCUUUCUGAAAAAAAAAAAAUGUAAUCAGCAUUUUAUUUAAAAUAAGAAGUAAUCUGAUGCCGCUGUUGGACAGUUUCCUAUUGGAGGGUUAUAAUGAUGCACUUUGUUAUAUUAUUGAUGAGCUGUUUGGCUGUUUGGUGUUUGCUUGAGGCGUCUCAGAAGGCACAGAAUCUGAUGGGUGGCACGAGACACCGGCUGAACCUGGCGACCAUAGCCCAUGAUAAAAGCCUUUCUAUCCACUCGUAGACUCGACGUGUAGGUAGCGAGAACUGAAACCUCCCCCUCUCUCGUCCCCUAAAUUUUGCGAAAAAAGAAACUGGCCGUCUCAAAAGUAUCCUAUAUUUUCACUAAAGAUGUUACGUUCCAGCGGUGUUUGAAACAAUUUUCCAGUAGCCCAGCCAAAACCAGUCACUAACUAACAUUUUUAUCUAACAGUUUAGUCAUUACGCACUAAAUCUAUAUUGUUGCCAAAAUGUAUCACAAAAAUCUACGUUUUUUUUUUUUACUUAAAGAUAGGGGACAGUUAGACACCUGCACUAGGGGCGCCAAAAGUCAAUUUGGCUUCUGCUAGCCGAACCUUAUUCUAAAAUUACUGACAGAAAGUCUCUCUAAAAAUGUCGACCCCCCCCCCCCCCCCCCCGAAACUCGCCGAAUAAUUCGCGCACGGAUCCUCUUUAGGCUAGAGCAGGCGAGAUAGGGCUCUAGAUAUUCCUGUAGCUACUUCCUGCACUUUUGGUCGUGUUUUAUUUGAGUUCUUUCCCCCGUCUCUCCCUGUGUGUUCAGUCUGGCUCGGUGUUCAGCAGCUAAUCCGCGCCGUCCAUGAUUUUCCCACAGCUCUACUAAUGCCCCAAAGCCGCAGCUGCCACACGCUGCCAGUUGCUACAUUGAUCAAUAAUUUACCAGCUCGACGCCUCAACGACCCGCUACCCCCGUGCAGCCCCGGGUCGACUGAGGCGACGACCGAUAUUUACUCACGCGGAGGGGACGCUUAUUCUCCCGUGCUUUAAAUGCAGCGUCAGUAAGCUUUAGCCAACAGACAGGAUCCCUUCGGUGCGUCUACGGAUUAGACUGUCGCAAUGUGCGCUGCGCGUAUUGGUGACUGCAACGGCAUUUGAGGACGCCUCUCGCGUUCAUCUGUCCGGGAACAGCGGGGGUCCCGUUAUGGUGCGGGAGAUGCAGUCAAGGCAAACAGGAACUGACUGCAGGACAUAAAGACGAAGAAAAACACUCACGGUCACGCAGAACGUCUUCGCACGAGCGGUUCUGCGUACACCGGCGCUCGCGGAGAAUUUCAACCGAGCUUGUGAACUCCCCGGUCGGUGCCGCCAGCGAGACUCCAUCGUAGGAGAGAAUAUAUUUUAAACGGAACGGUUCACCGUAUACGAGCGGUGCCCAGGGACGACGGUAAUCCAUCGUUCCGUAAAGUGUCGGAGAAAGCUUUUCUUUUACAGACGGGACAAACUCUGGGAAACAGCCCGACUUGUUGAGUUCUUUUUUCGCUUCCGGUAUCACCGGAGAAACCGACUGGUGCACCCGCUCCCUCUCCUCUUUUUUUUUUUUGGACGCGGAAGGUUUUAAAGAAAAAUGGGUCUUUGAGGAGAGCUGGCAGAUUCCUCUCAACUACAAUGGCCACAGAAUCGUAUUUGGUGCAUGAAGGUCCCCAUCGAGCCCCAGGCAUCUCAGAGUGUUUCCUAGUGCCUGAAUCCUACAGGGAUGAAUUCCAUCCCUUCAUCGAGGCUCUCCUCCCGCACGUGCGGGCGUUCUCCUACACCUGGUUCAAUCUCCAGGCCCGCAAGCGCAAGUACUUCAAAAAGCACGAGAAGCGCAUGUCCAAGGAUGAGGAGCGCGCCGUCAAAGACGAACUCCUGGGCGAGAAGCCUGAGAUCAAGCAGAAGUGGGCGUCGCGGCUGCUGGCCAAAUUGCGCAAGGACAUCCGGCCCGAGUUCCGCGAAGACUUCGUGCUCACCAUCACGGGGAAGAAGCCGCCGUGCUGCGUGCUGUCCAACCCCGACCAGAAGGGCAAGAUCCGCCGCAUCGACUGCCUGCGGCAAGCCGACAAGGUCUGGCGCCUGGACCUGGUGAUGGUGAUCCUGUUCAAGGGGAGCCCUCUGGAGAGCACAGACGGAGAGAGACUGGUCAAGUCCCCGCAGUGCUCCAACCACACCCUGUGCGUGCAGCCGCACCACAUUGGAGUGUCCGUCAAGGAGCUGGACCUGUACCUGGCCUACUUCGUCCACAUGCCAGAGUCUGGGCAAUCAGACAAUUCCAAUCAACAAGGAGAGUCGGACAUCAAACCCCCACCAAACGGACAUCUGAGUUUUCAGGACUGCUUUGUGACUUCAGGGGUGUGGAACGUAGCCGAGCUGGUACGAGUGUCUCAGACCCCUGUUGCAACAGCAUCCGGUCCUAAUUUCUCUCUUGCGGAUCUGGAAGGUCCCGGUUACUACAACAUCAACCAAGUAGCACUCAGCAGACGUUCACUUGCCUCUCCUCCAUCCACAAGGUCUGAGGUGGAGCUGUACGCCAGUCUUCCUCGGAGCUCUAAUAAGCGUAAGUCUAUAGAUGACAGUGAGAUGGAGAGUCCUGUCGAUGAUGUCUUCUACAGUCGUUCUCCGGCUGGCACCAGCUCCCAGUCCAGCGGCUGGCCCAAUGAUGUCGAUGCAGUUGCAGUGCAGCACCAUUUGACGAGUGUUCAAGAGAGGAAGAUAAAACAUGAAAAUGAUGGUGUGCAGUUUCCUUACCAUGGGCUGUCCUCUCCUGGGUCUCUAAAGAAGCCAGCGGGGAAAUUCGAUUUCAGCGCCCUGUCACCACAGACGAGGUCCCCCCGAAUGGCCUUCACACACCACCCGCUGCCCAUGCUGGCAGGCGUGAGACCAGGGAGUCCGCGUGCCUCUGCCUCUGCCCUUCAUUUUCCUGCUCCCUCCAUCAUCCAGCAGUCCAGUCCAUACUUCACCCACCCCACCAUCCGCUAUCACCACCAUCAGGACCCACUCAAAGAGUUCGUCCAGUUCGUCUGUGCUGAUGGCUCAGGGCAGCCGGGGGCACAGCCUAACGGGAGCGGUCAGAGCAAACUGCCCGGCUCCUUCUUGCUGCCUCCUCCUCCGGUAGCGCGGCCGGUGCCGAUGCCCCUCCCCCUGUCCGAGCACAAACCCAGCCACACACACCCCGAGAGCGGAGGCGGCUCUCCGGCCUCGCCCUCAGCAUACCCAGCGCCAGGCUCCACAGCUUCCAACAGGUUUGUCGGCAUCGGAUCACGGGACAACAACUUUCUGAACAUCCCACAGCAGACUCAGUCAUGGUUCCUUUGACGAGACUUUUCAUAAACCACACAGACACACAUCCACAAUGAAAACUGGAAAUGGAGUCACAAAGCUAAGUAUGGAACUUUCCCACACGCCCCCCUGUAAAGUCUCUCUCACACACAAACACAUGCACAAAUACACACACCAUUCCCCAAACCGCUGACACCCUCUUUGGAUCGAGGGAUCUGGAAGACUUAAGCAUUACCCUGCCAGUCUGGACAGCUCAGAGAACCAAACAAAGGAACGUCAAACCGACAUCUUCGUUGUGUUCUCGAGACAUCCAGUGCAUUGACUGAUCCCAUCUACCGUUCUUUAAUUUGUUCAUCCGCCAGUCAUAUGCAAUGGUGAGGAAAGAACUCUAUUCAUGAAAUCAUUGACAUUUGAAAUGGACAUGUAACCUGGAUGAUGCCGGACACGUGUGAUUGGAUGGAGCCUUCUGAUUGGCUUAGGCUUACACUUCCGAAUCUGGAUUUCCUGAUUUCAGUGACGCCCUCCAGUGCAGUGUGAACUCGGCAUCCUCUCACUGUUUACCAAGCAAUAGACUGAGCGAAACAACAGAUAACACUAAUGUGAUUAAUGAGAAGGGAUGACAGAAGCUCUGUCCUUAAGAGUCAGGCUAAAACACACAGAUGAGUACCAGCAGAGCAAUACACACACGUCACGUCAGCGACAGCACUACACAACAUCAUAUAGAGUAGACAGACAGCUGAUCACAGGAAUGGGAAGGGGCAAGCACGACUGACUUUAAUAUCAAGCUUGUGACUCAAACAUUUUUCAUUUAGUAGUGUUUAUGAAUUAAAAGGCCAGUGAUUUGAGUCAUAAAACCCGUUGGCAUGAACUAACGAGGGUUUUUAGUGCAUCCAUCACUGACCUCUUCACUACCAUGAGUGCUUGUGCAUCAUAUAUAUCCUACAGUCAGCCCUGCACACAAGGGCUUCUUCUGCUUUACUUUGCAUUUGGUUUUGCAGUACUUUUUUAUUUUUUUGUGGAUGUCAAAAAAAUUACAAUUCAGGUCAUAUUACCCUAAAACCAAAUUAAGACAAAAAUAUGAUUUAAAGAAAGCUUAUUUAAUUAAUAAUUAUUUAUUGCAAAAUGGUCAAAAAAACCAAGCCAUUUUUUUCUGAAAUUCUCAUGCAAAAAAUAUAAAUAAAUAAACAAUAAAAAUAACUUUUUCAUCCAUAAUUUACUUUUAGUAAUUUACUAAUGAGAAUUAUGGAUGAAAAUGUUUAAUUGUCAUAAAAAAUAUUGUCACAAUGCAAGCAAUCUCAGUGAGACAAAAAUAGGCUUCAAUUUCAAUUUGUAAAAUAUUAUUUUUUUAUUUUGAUUGUGCAAUGUGACCUGGUUGUGUUUUUGUGACAUUCACCCUUUCACUUGUGUUUGAUUUCUGGUUUUGUGCGAUUUUAGUUUGCAUAACGUAGCUAGCCGCUUCUGCUCCAGCUGACCGAACUGCAUGUGGAAUUGUGCUUUUUUGUUUUUCGAGUUACAGGUAAAGAUCAGCUCUCCUUCAACUAGAAUGUGACUAACAAACAGACAAUCUCAAGUUUUCCUUUUAGAGCUUCAUUAAUUCUAUGUUUUUGAUGGCUAUUAUAUCGACAGUGCUCUGCCCUUCCAUCACUUUACAGUUCGUUCAUAACUUUACUACAGCUUUUUUUUCUGUUUCAGUACAGCCUAACUCGCACGACAAUCUACUCAAUGCUACCAUUUCAUUUAGCCUAUCAGCACAGUGCUCAACUAAAGUAAAUACAUGCACACAUACACAAACAUUGCACUAUGACACACACCCACUUCCUUAAAGGACAAAGGGAAACCUUUAAAAACAAAUCCCUCUAUCGAACAUGAUUUUACAACAUGCAUCCUAUUUAAAGUACAGCAUGUUUCAAUUUUAGAUGAACUCGGAAAAGAAAAUGCUCGUAACCACUGACCUCACUAAAUAACUGGACUGCCUGGCUGUCAAUCACAUGGUCAGGGACUCUGAUUGGCUGAGAGCUGACGAUUUCAUCAUCCACUUGAAACACAUCAAAGUGCCUCAGUGUCCCCUUUACAUGCAAUUCAGGGUCUUCACUUCAUGUAUAAGCUACAGAAAAUAUGUACAAUAUGUAUCAUGGGCUUGGCAAACAACAUAUGAGCAACUGCAAACAUCAUAUUUAAAGAUAGAUGUUAUCCAGACGUAUCGCACUCAUACUGUGUGUGUGUGUGUUUGUGUGUGUGUAUAUAUAUAUGGACAUAUGUAUAGUUCUUCCGCUGUGAAAUUAGCUCUAUGGCAGUCUAGUUAUUUUUUGACCUUUGACCUGGGUCAGUGAUGCCAUCAGAAAACGUCCAAACAUAUGAAACCCAAAAACAUCAGAUCAUCUCGUCAGAACCAACAGGACUGUCGGGUCAGGUCAGUGCAGAUCAAAAACAGGACAGAAAUACACCUUUAGAACAGAAACAGAGAGAAAACAAAUUCUCUUUGUUGAAAAGUGUUAUUAUUGAGAGAGAGAGAGGGGUAAAAAAAAAUUAUAUGUGGACUGAGCCGUGUGCAAUGUGUUGGGUAGAUAUCUGUGUUUGUCUUCAGAUUUUUAAGAAAGCGAAGGAAGUGAAAAAAAGACAAAAAAAAAAAGAAAAAAGGUUGAAGUCUGCAAGCUCCUGGACUCUAAACACGAGGGCCACAAAAAGAAUCCCAGUCUCUGUAAGCGUUAAAGCGGGGAAGUUAAUUUUUACUUUUCAAUUAUCUUUUUUAAUGUUUUAUUUGUAAGCUUUUGUUUUUAAACUAUUUUAGGCGUGGGGGCCGAAGGAACGAUUUUACAAAAGCAAAUGUAUGGCAACAACAACAAAAUACUGGUGCUUCUGUUACUCAAGCGCAAAUAAUACCACACCAGAACGAGACAAGUUUAACGAGCCUCUGUUUCUUUCUUCUUCUCUUUUGUAUUUACCUAGGGGGUUCAUAUUUUUAUAUAUAUAUAUAUAUUUUGGUUCUGACAAAAGGCAUUUUACUACAACCUUUAAGAGAGCAAUGCCCCUUCUUACUCUUAGAUAAAUGGUGCAUUCAAGUUUAAGUUGGUCAGAAAGAUUGUAUUUGAGUUGAAUGCCGUAAUGAAUGCAGCAUCUGUAAUUAGUGGUUAGGCUGUUAAAAUGAAACUCAUUUUUUCCAUUUACAAUAAAGUUGCAUAAUAAAUUAUGAUAGUACUCCACCGUUGCAAUAUAAUGCAUAACAAUUGCACCUUCAUAAACUGCAUAAAAACACACAAUACAAAUUAUGUUAUUUUGUAGUUAAAAAUGACUUUGCAACUCAUAAAUACAAACUUCCCAGGAGGACUUGAAUGCACCUAAAUACCUGAUGAAUAUGCAGAAAGGCGUGUUUUGAUUGGAGGAAUGGCCAAAAUGAAGCAUCACAACUAGAGGGUUUGUCACACGCAAUCAGAUCACGUUUGCUCCAAAUCUCUGCUUCCUUUAGAUGAGAUCGUGUAGAUGUUAAUGUUAACGUGAGUAGGGUUUCAUUAGUCGUAGUUUAGAGCACACAAGGUUCGAGUUGAGAGGCAAAAAAAAUAAAUCAGUGUGCCACGGCUUCCCCGUAUCGUCCUGGAAACAAUUCCUGUAUGUAAAUGAGCUCCCAUAGUGUUCGUGCUGUAGUGUAUAGGUGAGCAUUUAAAGGUUGUCCCAUUCAAAGUGCCUUUUGUUCACAGACACCAUCUUGUAAAUGAUGAACACCCGUCUCUCCUCUUUCUGAGCUUUCUCAAGCUGUAUUCACAGUAUAUAGUACUACAAGAAAAUGGAUGUGAUUUCGUUCUUUUUAUUGUACAAUGAUGAAAAAAAAAGUUUAAAAAGCAAAAAAAAAAAAAAAAAAAGGGUCCCUUUUUCUCUGUACCUCUGUCUUUAUUAGUCUCGCGCUCUUGGCACCGUAGAUGUCUAUCCUUAUCUUUCCUCCCUCUUUUGAUGAAAGAGUUGGAAAAAAAAAGUUGAAUCUUUUUCUCUUGAGCAAGAUGUUGUAAACUCUAAUGUUAUAUCCCUGUCUGUAUGCUUCACAUGUUUAUAUCAUACACGUCUCGCUCUUCGGUCAAACGCAGUGGGCUCUGAGUACUAACUGACCCGGGACCGCCCCGCUCACCCUCCCUUCAUCUGAGACCAGCAGUACCGGUGUGUUUUAGGAAGCUGUGCGGUCCUGGUGCCAGAUCUGUUUGGCUGUCGGUGGAGAGCACUGGACCAGAAGAUGCACAGUAGCUCUGUCGUGUUUGUUUGUGUUGUAUUUAUUUCCAUUAGUCUCGCUUUUGACUCUGCAAUUAAAGCACCUUUUUAGUGGUUGUUUGAGGCCAGCUGUUUAAAGAACUUGACUGAUGAUUUGCUAAUUGCACCUUAUGCACCGUUUAAAACCGUGCACUAAGAAUAAAAUGCCCUGCAUUUAGAAGGACUGAUCCAGAUGUGGCGGCAGCUUUGUUGUCAAAUCCCAGCUGCUCCACUUAAAAUACUUCAAGCCAUGCAUUUUUGUAAGCACCAUAUUAAUCAUAGAUAGUCGAUGUUUCAGCAGUGAACAUUUUUUAUCGGAUAUAAAAAUAGACAAAAGUAAAUGUUGCAUGAAAAGGAUGAUAACUACAAAGUUUUAAUAAUCAUUCUAAUUCUAUAAGAAUAGAGAAGUCCACACUUAAUUACGUCAAUUAUUUUUUACGAAUUUUUAAAUAUUUUAAUUAAUGUGCAUUAAUUUUUACAUGCACACCAUGAUGAAGUGAUUAAGAGUUAGUAGCACUAAAUUCUGAAUUAUUAAUCAUCCCUCUGGUUUGUGUCAGGAUUAUGAAAAUUUAGUUGCAUUUAUUUAUUCAGAAUCUGCCCCAAUUUGCUCAUGCAAAAUUGCAGCUGUACACGUUUUUUUAAAUAUCUACUGUCUAUGUGGUUUUGAUUUGCUUGUGUUUUAGUACAGCGUCUCUGAUCCAGCGCCCUCCACAGAGCCUUUGGCAAUCUGCAUGUGUUAUUUACAGAUUCUUUUCCAUUAUAAAAAACUAAAAUGUUUGUAAAGAGCAGCACCUGAUUGAAUAAAUGAUGUUCUUGACUGUACAAA